AUGAGUGAGGAACUCAACUACAACCAAAUGAUUAUUAGAAGGAAGGGUGGUGGAAAGCCAGAAAGAAAUCAACUGACUAAGCACAAACUGGAGAAAUCAACUUGGCUAGGAAACUUCACCUUCAUCUUUACUGAUCCGACACUGAACAGGCAGUGGAUCCUGUUGCAGAAGAACACCGACACUCCAACCAAUAACAGCGAAAUGACGGAACUCACCGUGAACAUGGGCCCAACAAGCUUUAUGUGUAUUCUUUACGUUGUAUUGGCCAUCAGCUACAUUCUCGUCGGAUCCGGUCGAGGACUAGCGUUGAUUGGUGGCUACUUAUCGUCACCUAUAACCGUGCGACAAUGUUUUUUCGAGAAGUACUGGCCUCAGUCUCUCAUUCUCGGCACUGAACUGCCGUCAUUCGGGAUAAUCCUGAUCGCCUGCGAACGCUUGUGCGCAGUACUUCGCCCUGGUGCUUACAAUCGUAUUUUCAUGGGCCAGUCGAAAGUAACUCUACUCGCUAUGGUCCCAUCUUCCAGCAUAGAAGCUAUGGCUCAGAAUUUUAUUAUAACUCCGACUUCUCAAGAAGUCUCCUCGUCAAUACUCGUGAACGGUGGCCAAAUAAUUUUCACCAUUCAACAUAAUUUGGAAGGAAUUCGUCAGCAAAUAAACAAGACAGCAUACAAACACCAAGUUCCGCCAUAG